UGACAGCAACACUCUGAGUUCUCCUUCGGCAGGAGGAUUUUGAGGGACCCCUGCUGUGCCUACCCGGCUCAUCAAGACCAGACCUCCCCGGUGCCCUGCUUUUCCUGGGAACGGCAUGGCUCCCAAGACGGUGCUGAUAACGGGCUGCUCCUCUGGCAUUGGCUUGGCCUUGGCUGUGAAAAUGGCCCGGGACAAACAGAAGCGGUUCAAAGUCAUUGCCACCAUGAGGAACCUGGGCAAGAGAGGGUGCCUGGAAGCGGCCGCCGGCGUCACCCUCAACAAGACCCUGGAGAUCAGGCAGUUGGACGUGUGCGACGAGCGAUCCAUCAUCAGCUGUAUCAACAGCAUCCCCAACCGGCACGUCGACAUACUGAUUAACAACGCCGGGGUGGGGAUGAUUGGACCCAUCGAAUGCCAGACCAUCGAGGAGAUGAAGGGUGUGAUGGAGACCAACUUCUUUGGUGUGGUGAGGAUGAUCAAAGAGGUGCUGCCCGAUAUGAAGAGGAGGCGAAGCGGGCACAUUGUGGUGAUCAGCAGUGUCAUGGGCCUGCAAGGCAUUAUGUUCAAUGACAUCUACACAGCCUCCAAGUUUGCCGUGGAAGGAUUCUGCGAAAGCCUCGUCAUACAGGCGCUGAAGUUCAACAUCUUCGUCAGCCUGAUAGAGCCUGGCCCCGUGGUGACCGAGUUUGAGACGAAGGUCUAUGAAGAGGCAGAGAAUGCAGAUUACUCCACGACAGACCCUGAGACGGCAGACAUGUUCACUAACCUCUACCUGAAGAACUCCAAGGCGAUUUUCUCCAGCCUUGGGCAGACUCCCAAUGACAUAGCAGAGCACACGCUGAGGGUGAUCAGCGCCGCCAAGCCGCCCUUCCGCCACCAGACCAACCCCGUCUACACGCCCAUGACGGCCCUGAAACACGCCGACCCCACUGGAGCCCUGAUGACCGACACCUUCUACAAGAUGGUCUUCAAGUAUGACACGCUCAUGCACAUCAGCCUGAAGGCCAUCAAGGUGAUCCGAUGGCAGGCCCGGAAGAUGAGGCAGGGGGUGAAGAUGCUUGGCUUCAGAUAGGCCAUGGGAACCAGGGUGGGGGGUGGAGAUUGGGCUCAGGUGCAGUAGGGCUGGAAAAAGGCUGGAGAUACUCCAUGAACAAUGGGUUCAGUGGACCUGUGCCCACUGAACCAGAUACUAACCCAAUAUGGCUUCAUUUUAUAGGGUGCCCUUUGCACAAGCUGUACCCAAAAGAGCAGGGAGAAGGAGAAAUGAAGAGGCAUGGGCUAUUGGCGGGGGGA